CUAGUUAUGUGUUCGUUGUGUCAUGGUUUUUAUUCGAAAUCUUAUUACUCUCGUCAUAUGAAUGUAUGUGGAAAAGAUUCUUCUCAUUCAAAAUGUGCAGUACCGGUUGAAAUCCUUACUGAUAAAUCACAAGAAGGAUUAAGUCAAAAUUUCAAAACUGAUAUUUUGCAAGUGAUUAGAGACGAUCCUAUUGGCAUUACUGUGAAGAGUGAUCGAACAAUUUUGAUGAUUGGGUCACUACUUUACGAGAAAGUGAGAAGAAAACUUAGCAAAAAAAGUGAAGUUCAAAAUUCUGUUCGAAAUGAUAUGAGACGAUUAGGCCAUCUAUACUCACAUUUUAAAAACUAUGAAGUAAAACCAAUUUAUUGCAAUGCAGCCGAUAUGUUUCUUCGACAAAAUUUUAGUUCUUUGAAGCUUGCAAUUGAAGUAUAUACAGAUACGUAUUCUGAAAAUCAAAAAUCAGGGUUAAAAGCUGCCUUAUAUUAUUUAAUUUCUAGCAGUGCAAAAAAAUGUGUCGGAAGCUUUUUGGCUCAAGAUAAUGACGAUUCAGCUAAAUCAAUCUCUGAUUUUUUAGUUCUUCUGCAACUUCGUAAAGAAGAGAUAUUUGGAGAUGCAACUUAUGAUUUGAAUGAACGCAGAAACAUUAGUUUAAAGAAACCAUCAAAAUUACCAAUUGAAUCAGAUAUUCAAAUGAUACGUGAUUACUCCAUUUCUGUCAUGAAAAAGUACAAAGAGGAUAACUUUGUCCUAUGGGAUCUUCACGCCUACGUUGAACUGCGUGAUGCUGCAUGUACAAGGCUUGUUCUAUUUAAUGGUAGACGAGGCGGCGAGCCUGCCCGUCUUUUGUUACGCGAGUGGUUUGAAGCAGCAAAGGAUGCAUGGCUAGAUGAACAACGUGCUGAAGAUUUAACAGAGAUAAAUGAAACAAACAUGAAAAUAACUUACCAAAGUGGAAAAGGUUCAAAUCAUCUUGUCCCUGUUUUAAUUCCCGAAGAUACUGUCCGUGCUAUGGAAAUUUUAUCCGAUCCAAUUGUUAGAAGUAAUGUUGGAGUUCUGGAAUCAAAUGUUUACGUAUUUCCUAGUUGUCAAAGUUCAGAAAAGCAUUGUUCAGGCUGGCAUAGUUUAACUAACGUUUGUGAUAAAUUGCCUAUAAUAAACAAGUCUAGAUUAACUGGUACAACAAAUAGACAUAGAUUAAGUACACUUAUGGCUGCAAUAAAUCUUAGUGAUUUAGAAAAAAGUUUAGUUUUUAAACAUUUUGGUCAUAGCAAAAAUAUAAAUGAAAAUAUUUAUCAAGCACCAGCUGCCCACCAACAAAUUUUGUCUACAGGAAAACACUUGUUGGCUAUCGAUGCAGGAAGCGGACCCAAGGAGCACAAACGUAUGAAAACCAGUUCAAGUUUGAUUCAAACAGUAGAUCCUAAUGGAUGUGAACCUGAAAAUGGAGGCAAACUUGAAAGUAAGACAACUGAUCUUUUACAUGAAAAACCU